AUGGACGGUAAGCCGACUCUCACCUACAGCUCCAAAGAGAUUUUGCUGGAGCCCUAUGAGUACCUGCUUCAGGUGCCGGGCAAGGACGUGCGCGGCAAACUCAUUGAUUCCUUCAACAAGUGGCUCCAGAUCUCUGAACCUGAGCUUAAUCAGAUCAAGACCAUUGUCUCCAUGCUCCACAACUCUAGCCUUCUGAUCGACGACAUUGAAGACAACUCCGUGCUCAGGAGAGGCUUGCCCGUGGCCCACAAGGUUUACGGCGUCGCGUCGGCCAUCAACUGCGCCAACUACGUCUACUUCGUGGCGCUCCAGCAAUGCGCCUCCAUGAACAACCCCAAGGCCAGUGCCAUGUUCCUAGAGGAAAUGAUCAACCUCCACCACGGCCAAGGAUUCGACAUCUUCUGGCGAGACCACCAAAUCUGCCCCACCGAGGAAGAGUACAAGAAGAUGGUCCUCGACAAGACGGGCGGUUUGUUCCGCCUGGCGGUGAAGCUGAUCCAAGCCUUCAGCAAAGACGAACGGGACUAUAUCCCCCUCGUCAACAAGCUCGCUUACUACUUCCAAGUGCGCGACGACUUCAUCAACUUGCAAUCUCAAGACUUUAUGGACCACAAGGGCUUCUGCGAGGAUAUCACGGAGGGCAAGUUCUCCUUCCCCAUCAUCCACUCCAUCCGCGCUGUGCCGCACGACCACAGGCUUCUCUCCAUCCUCAAGCAGCGAACGAACGACGUGGAGCUCAAAAAGUACGCCGUCAAGUACAUGGAGCAGACCGGCUCCUUUGAGUACACCCGGAACAUUCUCAAGGGCCUGCACGAGGACAUCGUCCAAGAAAUCGACAGGCUGGGCGGCAACGAUCUCCUCAUGAAGAUUGUGGAGCUCCUGGCCCAGUACAAGGUGUAA